AUGGGCAAGCCAUUUGGCCUUCUCCACCGAAUUCUUUCGUUCUCCAAGGGAUCAAAGCGAUCAAAAUCCCACUUUCAAUCUGACAACGUUGACGAGCACGGUGCUGCCGCUCCAAACGAGGAACCUAAUGACAAUCAUCAGAUCACUGUCGCCGUUCGCACGACCAGAAGCAUCAAUGGCCUCAUUACGGGCACCCAGAAUGUGCAAAAUGAUAUUGCGGACAUAGAAAUACCUACCAUCGUUUCGAAAAGGUGCGAGAAGGGCAUGAAGAAGCGACGACUUCGACGCGCCAGUCUGAGCGCAUCCAAUCUGCUUUCCUGGGGGUACGAGAGGGAUGUGAAGCAUGCAGAACCGGGAGGUCAAGACGAGCCUUGCAAGGUUGACAACCCAGGUAGUCCUCGAGGCGAGGAAGGGUGGAAAGGACAGUACAAUUCCAAGCCGGACUUCUUCGACACAGGAAAGCGACCAUGCUCUCCCAAGCAGCGUGUCGAGCAUACACAGCCCAAGCGACAGACCAUGGAUGACGAAAGCUUCACCCGACUUCUGAGAAGCUCAAGUACCAACUAUCGGGUCAUUAAUGAGACAGAUUUCCGUGCAUUGGCUCCAAUCGAUCACCCAAUCAAUGCGUUUUCGCUUUCUCGAUCCAAGUCGGAGCAUUUACCUGGAGCAGCUCCUCCCCCAAGCUGGGGGGUCUGUAAUCGUACAUCAGCUGUUGGCUUUCCUCCCUUUCCGGCCUCUGGCUCGCUCCAGCAACCCUCGUUGCGUUCUAAUACGGUCAAAUCCCAAAAGAACUAUAGAGUAACGGUUCAUCGGCGCCGAGUUCAUUCUAGAACCGAUUUUCCUGACGCAAACAAGGCGCUGGAGCAUCUUCAUUCGUCCUCUUGCGCCACAACCACUCAUUCAGUAGAUUCACCACGGGAGACACCAGAUGUACCUGAUAUCUCCAUCCCAGGUUCAGCGUUCUUCUUGGACUCACGAGAAACCAAACGGGAUUCACCGAACGAUGUUCUUCUGCAGCAUUUCAACCGCUACCCUCAAAAGAGUAUGUCGACACCAGCUUCUUCGAUGCUACCCAAACUAGCGGCCAAAACCAGCAUCGGUACAGAUCUGCGGCACACUCGGAAUAAUCAGCACAUUCAUAAGAGGGUUUCAUCUGUAUCCCAAAUCUAUCCUGUAGCGCCAUUACUGUCUGUACCAGCGGCGCCGACGCACUUUCAAGGACGAUCUUCUUCAUCAGUUAUCCCAAAGAUUGAAGGCGGCGAAGGUGACCUCUUCGCAUCCACCAAUGCCGUGCGUCGGCAAAAAGGCCUGCUCAUUAACUCCAAUCAUUAUAAAGCCCUCCUCAAAGACGAAGCGACCAGCGGAGACGAGAGCGAUGGGAGCCACUUCUCGCCCUGUGAUGGCAGUCCAAAAUCGCGCAACGUGCUGAAGAAGGGGCAAAGGCCUACUAGUGGUAUGGCUAAACGUGGAUCGCAAAUCAGUCUGGCAAUGACCGAGCACUCAAAGUACACGCACGAAAGUAUUACCAAAACUCCCAAAUCUUCCAAAAAGGGAAGUCUCCGUAGUGUACUUAGCGUUCUCGCCGCAGUCGAAGGCGUCGUUGAUCGACUUCAUGCCUCUACCGUUGGUGCGGACAUGCCCGUUCAGUCUCAGACAGAGUUCUCCAUGUCACAGAUGGUCAAGCCUCAGUCCCAGGCCGAAACACUCCCCAAGCCUUCGGCUUCCAUACCUGCAUCUGUCAAGAGGAAACCGAGCUUUGGUUUCAGCAAAGUUCUCGGGACCCCUCGAGAUAGACAACGCCUGGAACGUCUUCGCAGUGAUCCCUCUGUCCUCUCGCUACUCGACGUGUACGAAGCAGACGGGACUAUGAAGGCCAACGCCUUUUCGAACACGCCUCCAGCAAGAGCUCUCCAUCGAAGCUUUUCCGAUCGACGACAUGGCAUGGUCAAUAAGAUCAAGAGUGUAGGCGGGAGUCAGUGGAUGAAGUUGCCAAGUGUGCUCCUAUCUUCCAACGCCACUGAAGCCCCGGAGACCUCUGGCCCACCUGAUAACUCUAGGAGCAGCCGGAUUCGACAUGCAUAUUAUAAUGCAAUCAAGGGGGAUGAACGCGUUCAAGUGCCAAGCUGGGUUCAUGAAAACCAGGACAAAGCCAAGCCUACAGAACGUUCGAGUGUUCGGCCAAAGGGACUGGGCAUUUUCGUAGGAGAACAUGCCUUCCCUGGUCCUGUCUCGUCCUCAACAUCUCGACCGUCUUUGUUGGAAAUGCAUCCCUCAGAUGAUGGCCAUCUGUCUGAGAAAUCACUCGUCACUGAACAAGAACCAUAUGAAAUCUCCGAAGUGAUCAUGGAUCCCUCGUCGAAAUUACAUGAUUCAAUGGUUGUGGAAGCAGGCUCAAAGGAUAUGAGUUUCCCUAACUCCCUGGAUUCAGUGAAGGGCAGUCGUGCAACCCGCAAGUAUCUGCGCACUGCGGACCAAAAUGAGGAGCUUAAUGAUCGAAAGUCUGUAGGCCUGCCUCGUAGUCCUAGCCGCCGUGCUUCUGAAGUCUUCGCCUUUCUGAACCACUCGAGAAGGAGCGUCGAGGAUCAAGAUAUGUCCGACAUGCAAGUCUCAAUCAAGGGACAAAGGGUUUCAGCUUGCUCAAAGUCUGAGCUCAAAGAGAAUUCGACGUCGUCUGUGAAUCCUUUUGUCGUCCAAGGGGAUAGCUUCGCGUCACAGAAUACGACAGAUCGGUCUAUCUACCGAGGCAUCUAUUCUCUUCUCAACCGCACACCUCUGGAAACUCCCAUCGACCUGGUGGAGCGAUCAUCCAUACAAAUUCCCAAGAGUCGCCACGAAAUCGAGUUCAAUCCAGAUGAAAAGGACCUUCCGCGCCUACCAGACGAACAGGAUUCUGGUAGCACUUCUCCGGUCACGCCAGCUAGACCACCUAGAUCUUUUACGCCGCUUCCAUUUCCGUCUCCAAUUUCUCCACUUGGGCAAGGUUUCUCAGUUCAAUCCCCGAGAGAAAAGCUCAACGCAGAUCCUACCGCCCGAUACAGUACGAUGCAGUCGAGAAUCGCACAGUGGGAGCACACCAAACCGCUCACGAUAGACAAAGGGAAGAUAUCACGCCAGAACUCGGUCCUUUCACAAUCGGCGUCACCAUCAGUAGGAAUCAAACGAAAAGUACCCACCCACAGUGAUGUUGGAGGGCUUGGGGAUGGCCGUCGUUUCAACACAGAUGGCAACAGAGGGCCUCGAAGGUUGUUUGGACCUCGCGAGCCUUUCUCUCCAAAGGCCCCUUCGAGGAAUUCGGUCAUUCAACCGCCAAUAAAGCGGCUCGUGAGCAACGAGAACGACGCCCCACUCGAGCAAAAUGACGUUACAAGUUCAGUAACAAACGAAAAUCGUGUGGAAAUGAUUCAUGGAUAUCCAUUCUGGCAAGAUUUGUUUCCGGCGAUUCCAUCCCCUCAUGGGCCAGAUACCCAGAAGCCAUCCCAUCAUCUACAAACACCAAAGCGCCAAUCUUCCUAUAACGAACCUUCUUCUGCGUCCUCGUCAAAGCUUGGAUACUAUGGACGCGAGAUCAUGGCACUCGCUAGGUCCAAGACUGGUCGUGGCCCCACCUGA